CAUAGACGGGUGGAGAGAAAUUGUAAAGCGGCUUUCAUCUCUCACUCCGACCCACCCCCAGCACACACACACAUCACAUACACGCACACACAUCACAUACACACACAUCAUAUGCACACCCACAUAACACACACGCACCAAACACCACCCCACUUAUCCAAUAGCGUUGGCUGGUGACUCCAUUUAAAUAGAAAAAAGCUGACCCGGGGCUCCGUUCUUCCUCCUUGCGCGCCACUUCCCGAGCGCCAGGAGCAGGCUGAUCAGCUUUCCUCCUCGUUCUACGCCGCCACUCUGAACGCCAUGGGCUGUUCUCACAGCACACGCGUGCAUCACAGCAACGGGAGGCCCAGGGCCGCUCCGUCGGCUCUCAGAGCGUGGCUCCCAUCACGGGAUCUAUUGACGGAACGUUCGCGCGAAGAAAACCUCGACCUCGAAUCGACCGAGUCCAAGGUGGCACAACGAGAACAACAACAUCAACGACGACCCGGCCCGGACGAGACCCUUGCGGACGUUUGCGCGGCCGAUUCCGAGACGGACGGAUCGCCGCCGCCGCUGCCGCCGCCGCCCCCCUUGCCGGCAGUCGGUCCCUCCGCAGGCACCGAGCCUCGCGCCUCUGUGGCUGCCGACGGCCGCUCGUCCGCCGGGGACGACGACGCGAACCUUCGCUCGGACACGAUGGGGCGCGACGUCGUGCGGCCCGCGUCGGCGGAGGACCUCCACGGCAUUCCCGACCGGGGCGGUCCGCUCCCCGUGGGUCGCUCCCGAGGUUUGUCGGACGACCCGCUGCCGGAGUUAGUGGCGGGCGACGGGAAUCCACGGGCAGGGCUCGCGCAGAGCGGAGGGAACGCGGAGGCGGGCGAGGCGGACCCCCCGGCCGUCGCUUCGCCGCAAGCGGAGAGCCUGGCGGGAGCGGCGGCGGCGGCGGCGUCUUCGUCGUCGUCCUCGUUGUGCGCCGGAGACGCGGCCGACGGAGUCGAGGCGGGAGAGGGCCGCGUGCCGGAGUCGGCCACGCCGGGUCUCCCCGGGGACACGGCGCCGGCGGACACGGCGCCGGGGGAGGAGGCGGAGACCGCUACGGGCAGCCCUCGUGGCGUCUGUCAAGACUCCUCGUCGGAGGGCAACUGAAAGCAUUGUUACGACUGUCGAGUUUGGCGAGAGACGUUUGUCGUUUCGAUCACGGCGAAGUAAUUCGCCGUGAUUACAACUUCUAAAUUGCAGGAUUUUUUUUUAAAUAUAGGGACAUGGCCCCAUACGGACAGCGGGCAAAACUCGUCGAAACGAACGAUUGGUUGGCAGAUGGCUGAAUUUCAAUAUUUUCCAAUCAAUUAAUGAUCACACUCCAUUAUUUGAAGGCGUUUCUUUGUCCAUCGAUCCGAUUUUUAAAUCGAGGAGCUAAAACCAGCCCAAGCACGGUCCGCCCCGCGCAAAUGGCCUCCCGGAAGCAUAAUAUUUAUUUAUAAUGGAGGAAUCCGAUGAGCUAUAAAGCUCUUUUACUCACGUGUCCAUUAGGGCCACGGGGCCAGGAUGUUACACGGGGAGACAGCACCACGGCCGCCACUCCAUCUCGUUUCCCCUCCGCACUCGUCGGCCACGAUGAAUCCACUGCUGGGAUGAAUGGCUCCCCCACGCCGCUGCCGUCUCUGGCGAGCACUGCUACGUAGCAAUGCCCCGAGCACCAGCGCGCUCCAUCCCUCCGCGAUGGACGUGCCAUUGUUGUUGUUCAUGACCAUUCGCCAUCAUCCCUUCUUGUGUCGACGACGAGGCCCGCCCGAGUUUUACACAAAUAACAAUUUCACACGUGCCUUUUUAUUACCUAUGUACUGUAUAUAUGUUGAACUCCUUUCGCCGCGUACGUAGCCGACCGUGCUGAUCGGAGGUGGUCAGUGCUGGUUGGUGGAGGGCCCAGGACAGGAUCAGACAUCACUUGCCACGUGGCAACACGACCACGUGCUAAUCAGACUAAACACAGAAAGUAGUGCAAUCUACGUACGGUGAAGCAUCUGCUGCUUAUGGUUGCGAAAGAAGUGUCGACAUUUAUAUAUAUACGUACAAAGUGUCCACCUGGUGUGCACAUGAAAGGGUGCUCACAGCACGUCUCGAUUGUUGGGCUGUGGUAGACAUGCACGUGCACCUUCGAUGAGCACGGUUGGCUACGUAAGGUGCGAUAGAAGUUCAACAUACGCACUUACGCAGCCUGUGCGGUCUUAGUCGGGCGUUCGUAGGAUCCUACCCAGUCCAAUGACUGAUUCCCAAGUUGUUUUUGGCCAAACGCAGGGAACUACAAGCCCCGCAAACAUUUAAAUGGCACUCGGUGCAUUGAGGAGGAGCCUGAGAGUCCCUGAUGAAGACUGUGUAGCGUGUGUGUCGCGCGUGUGUGUGUAGCGUGCGUGUGUGUGUAGCGUGUGUGUGUAGCGUGCGUGUGUAGCGUGCGUGUGUAGCGUGUGUGUGUGUAGCGUGCGUGUGUGUCGCGCGUGUGUUUGGUGAGCACUUACCAAGGUAGUGUGGCGGUUAGCGCGC